GCCCCGCCCGUGUCACACCCUGCGGCGCCCCUUCCCGCCGUGGCAGCGGGAGCGACGCCUGGGAAUUAGCCUGCAAACGGCAAAACAAUCCUUUUUGCUCAAGAACAUACGCGUAUACGCGGGGGAUGGAUGUGGGCACACAGUGAUGUAUCAAGACAGUGGGACGCUGGCAUCCAAGAACUAUCCUGGGACGUACCCGAACUACACUCUGUGUGAAAAGAAAAUCCAAGUGCCUCCAGGAAAACGCCUGAUCUUGAAAAUUGGAGACUUGGAUAUUGAAUCACAGAAAUGCGAGUCCAGCUACCUUACCAUCCAGAGCUCUUCAACAUUGCAUGGGCCGUACUGUGGUAACGUGAUGCCUGUCCCCAAAGAAAUCAUUCUAGAUAGCAAUGAGGCAACUAUUCACUUUGAGAGCGGGUCCCACGUGUCAGGACGAGGCUUUCUGUUGUCCUAUGCCAGCAGUGAUCAUCCAGAUCUAAUCACCUGUUUGGAACGAGCAAACCACUACACAAAGGCUGAAUUCAGCAGAUACUGUCCUGCUGGCUGCAGAGACAUAGCAGGUGACAUUUCUGGGAAUAUUGGAGAAGGAUACAGAGAUACGUCUCUGCUGUGCAAAGCUGCGAUCCACGCCGGCGUGGUGGCGGACGAGCUGGGCGGGCAGAUCAGCGUCACCCAGCACAAGGGCAUCAGCCGCUACGAGGGCGGCGUCGCCAACGGCGUCCCCUCGCUCGAUGGUUCUCUAUCAGAUAAGCGGUUUACAUUUACUUCAAAUGGCUGCAACAAAUCUCUCAGUCUGGAAGAGGGAUUCCUCUCCAAGAGCCAGGUUACUGCAUCUUCCUACUGGGAGGAGACCAAUGAGUUUGGGCAGCUACUCCUGUGGUCCCCAGACAGGGCUUGGCUACAAGUCCCGGGAUGGUCUUGGGCCUCUAACCACAGCAGCAACCGUGAAUGGCUGGAGAUAGACCUGGGAGAGAAGAAGAGAAUAACAGGGAUUAAGACCACUGGUUCUGGAUCCACAAAUUUCAACUUUUACGUGAAGACAUUUACAAUGAACUAUAAAAAUAACAACUCAAAAUGGAGAACUUACAAAGGGAUUCUGAGCAAUGAAGAAAAGGUAUUCCAAGGCAACUCCAACUCUGGGGACGUAGUGCGCAAUAACUUCAUCCCUCCAAUAGUGGCCCGUUACGUGCGGAUCAUCCCUCAGACUUGGAACCAAAGAAUAGCACUGAAGGUGGAGCUGAUGGGCUGUCGAAUAAUGCCAGCUAACAGUUCCUUUACGCAUUCAAUGUGGCAGAAACCGAGUCAGAGCACGGAAACCUCCCUCGGGAAAGAGGACAGGACUGUUACAGAGCCCAUCCCCUCUGAAGAAACUAACUUGGGUUUAAAGCUUACAGCUAUAAUCGUCCCCAUCUUCAUCGUGCUGCUUCUGUUCUUGUUCUCUGCAGUUUGUAUCUGUGCAGCCCUACGCAAGCGAGAAGCCAAAGGACUUUCCUAUGGAUUAUCCAGUACUCAGAAAUCAGGUUGCUGGAAACAAAUCAAGCAGCCCUUUACCAGACAUCAGUCAACUGAAUUUACCAUCAGCUAUAACAACGAGAAGGAGACACCACAAAAGCUGGAUCUGGUCACCAGUGACAUGGCAGAUUAUCAGCAGCCUCUCAUGAUUGGGACUGGGACGGUAACACGUAAAGGAUCUACUUUUCGCCCCAUGGACACCAAAGAGGAGGGAAGAAGGGGGAGUUCUGAAUUCAAAAAUCACUAUCACUGCCCUCACAGAGCUAACAGACACGAAUACGCUCUGCCCCUGACCAGCCAAGAGCCCGAGUACGCCACCCCCAUCAUAGAGCGGCACAUAGCAAGAGAAAGUAAUUUCCCCUCUGAGAACGGCUACAACGUCCCUGUCGCCUCAUCUCAGAUACAUUCCCUCACUGCUGGCAGCUUCUCCGGUUCAUGUAAAACCGACACCAGGAACGGAGACUAUCAGACACCCCAGAGUGUCAUAAACUACGACAAACCCAAAGUUAAUGGUGUUCUGACCUCCGUGAGCCACAGCACAGACUACCAGAAGCCCCAGCACACUGCUCUCGGGGGCGAGGGUUACUCCACGCCCAGAGACUGCCUAAAGCCCAUAAGCCAGACAGCAAUGACAGCUCUCUUGUGAUUUGCCGAGCAGGAGCGGCACGGUGCGCAGGAACGUCACUGCACAGCUUUCUGAAGUGAAAACAGAGUUUGGAGGGGCUCUGCUGUGGGAGGCAGAAGGCAAACAAGCCCUGUGUACAUAAUAUUGCUGUCUUGCUGGGUUCUGACAUCUGAAGAAAGCAUAUGCUGUUUAUCACUGUUUAUAGCAAGAGAGAUGUUAUCAGUGAAGACUGUACAUCUUAUUUUCUGUAACUGAUCUCAGUGCUCCAUUUGCAAUGUGUGCAAUCUGUACAUAGCUUUUAUUUAAGAAGAAUUUCUUAGGUUUCCCUUUCACCUGGGGUUUUGAAAGGAUUGCAGGAAUGCCUAUUUAAGAAAAGCAGUCCUCUUUUUGUGUCUCUUACCUGCUGCUGUACUGGCAGCUGUAAAUGGUGUAUCUUAUGGUUGUGUUGAUUCAUCUCCUUUCCUAUGAUAACUGAAGAUAGGGCUGUAGUUCUCACUGGGAGGAUAGAAGUUAAACUACUUGCUGCAUAAUGUGCAUGAGAGAAGGCAGCUGAGUAUUUAAAUACUGUGCUCAAACACAACUUCCCAGCUGCUUUUUUAGCAGCAAUUCUCACAUGCUUGAAUUUGAUUAGGCAUACAAGCUGAGCCCUUCUAACUUGCAAUUCAUGUUAGAAAACAGGUAGAAAGGCUGAAACUGGUUUUGGGCUCAAGCCAUGGUUAUCACUCCACAACAGAAGAAAAAACAAAACAAAACAAAACAACAACAACAAAAGAACAAACAAACAAACAAACAAAAAACCAAACAAAAAAACCAACAAACAAAAAAACCCCACAACCAAACAAAACCAAACAACAUAUCCAAUACCAGUUAAUCUGGGGAAGUUCUUUUAAUUUUUUUUUUUUUUUUUUUGAAGUGUGUGUGUAACACAAAUGUGAAUUUACAGCUAAGAAUUCAGUGCUGUUCAAGCCCUAGCUGAUUCUUUUGCUGCUAAACUAUAAGGAAAUUUGUUCCUUGGCUCAUAGCAGCAAACUUCCUGAACUCUUCAUUUCUCCACUAGGUAUUUUUCUGUCUUACAAAUUUAGUGUAACAUUUCUGUUGGAAGUAUUGCAACUAACUAAAACAGAGUGUGUGUGGGGGUUACUGUUGCAGUUAAAUUUGCAAGACAGCAGAUCAGCACUGUUGUUUUCUAAUAGUUUUUCUUUUGCAGCUAACUUUGCAGUUCCAUUUUCAGACAAACUUGAAAAAGCUUGGGAUUGGGUGCAAUGUAUCGCACAGUAGCUGCCUCCUCUUCCAGCAGGGGCAGCUUUGGAGCAGAACAGCUUCUGGUCGUGGCUGGGACCGUCGGUCGUGGCUGGGACCGUCCACUGCCCUUCUACCUCCAGUGCUUGGGGCAUUUCUUUGAAUUCACACCCUUGUCCUGAAAUGUCAAGAAGCGAUGUACCUCUGUGAAGAGAGAAUGGUGCUAUACUCGAAGCACCAGGUUGGGAAACGAGACUAGUAAAACCUGAGCUCCGGGAAAGUCGCUCUUUGAAGGCCCUCCCUUCAUUUCCUUGUACAUAAACGGGAUGAUUUGCAAAGGACGCAACAAAGAUUGGUCGGUCUGUUUGCAGAGUGCUUUCAGAUCUCUGGUGCUGUCAGAGGACGGACUGGUUGCUGUGGUACUGCUCACAAAUACUGCUAACUCCAGCCAGAGCCGAACUUAGGGCAGGCUCGGAGCGGGUUCUUCGCAUCCCCUUGGUUUGCGGCCUCAGGCGGCGCCGUUCCCCCGCGCUGCCGCACCGUGCAUGCGAUUCCCGUGCAAAGAAGGAAGAGUCGAGGUAACCUCGCAGCCUUCCUGUGUUUGCUGUCAAUACAGUUUCUGUGAAAUGUCUAAAACACCUCAGGUCCUGAAGUGAAACAGCAGCAGCCUGUUUGUUAGACCGAGCCGG